UCCGACCGCAACGUGAUCGAGAGCUCGUCCUCCGAUCUAUAGGGAAUAAUUGUAAACGCGCUCCUAGCGGUGGAAGAAGAAGAAGUAACCAGGCAUACGGAAUUGAAUUUCAUUUAGAAACGACCGAUUCGACCUCCAGAUACACGCCCACGAUAAGCCGGAUUACGCGACCGAUCUCGGGAUCCAUUCGCGAGUUUUUAUAUACGUUGGAAAUAUUCGGCGAUGUCACGUGUACGGAAAGCGAGAUCGCGUGCUACGAUCGACGCGGUGGUACCUGUACCUAUACCUAUACCGCACAGUCCUACCGCUGCACCGCGACAAAUGACGUUAUGUACGGAGUAUCCGUAUCCGCGCGAGUUGCGACGUUACGUGGUGCUCCUGCAUAAUUGAUUCAUUUUGUAGAUAUUUAACGAGUGUGUAUCGCGCGGGGUGGGCGUACGUAGGUGGGCGUACAAAGUAGGUAAAUAGCGUACCGGUGACCCGUCACCUGCGUUCCCGUUCUAUUGAGAGCAUCGCGAGCGACUCGAGUCGAGGAUAAGUUGGUUGGUGGAGGGAGGGGAUAAGCGAGAAGAUUCCGCGAGGUGGGGCGAAGCGAUGAGGUGCCUCGGGAUAAACCGAAAAAGCGAACUCCGCAGCGAAAAUCGCACGCCGACGAUCAAAAAAUUAUCGUGAUUUCUCGGAGUCCCGAUCGUCGUCGUUAAUUUCAACUCGAUCGACCGUAGAGAGAGAGAGAGAGAGAGAGAGAGAGAUCGCGCGUACGCGUACUCACACCCGUGCACGAUCUGGUGCAACGCGAGCUCGCCAAGGGGAGCGAAAUUCCAGUUAUCUGACCUGUGUCCAAUUGAGAAGUGCGACAACCGCGACGAUCUCCGAGCGGGAGGACGACGAUCCACGCAUCAAGAAAAAAAAAAUAAUGAACGCCGAAACCGCUUCCACGGAAAGUCGAGACGAGCCUCAACUUACGCAAAAUGAGAAGCGUAAGCCCACCACUCUGCGAAUGAGCGGUUCCUACUCAUCCGCUAACGGAUUCAAACCGUUUCUGAGCGAUUUCGAUCCCGAGCGAAGCGACCGAGAGAUCCGCAAGCUGACCCAGAGGCUUUACCCCGGUGGCAAGAGGCGAAUACUGUACGACGACAAAGGGAUUUACAUACGGACGAAAGAAGACCUGUGCGACUGUUUGCAAAGCGGUUGUCCAGGAUGUCAUUUCCCCUGUCCGGGAUGCGAAUCGACCAAAUGUGCCGCCGAAUGCAGAGUCAAUCGGAAAUGGAUGUACGAAUCCAUCGAGGACGAGGGGACGGACGUGAUUGUAAAAAAUCCGCUAUUACCUCGCUAGAACGAUGUUUUAUACCCGAGCUAACCACCGUCGAUUUAUAUACGCUAUACGUUUGAAAUGUUUUAUUGCCGGUGUGUUUAUAUAUACCUCGUGUAGUCGAAUACGAAUAAAUAAUGGUACGUAUA